AGAGAUCAUUCUUAGCCUGAAGACAGUGAAGUUCAUUUCGGUGAGUUGGUGGGACUCUUCAUGAAUCUCUUACCAUUACGGUCGGUUUACAUUCAACACACGCUUUCCAUUUCGUUUUUAAAUCACUUGAAGAACAUUUAGGAGAUUUGGCAGAUCUAUUUCCAGCUCCCGCAUUGCCGUUAGUUAUUUAUCCGGUCUUUAGUGCGCUCGCUGCUCACCCGCGCCUGGCUGAGGGUGUGAGGGCAGAAGCUAGACACACGUUUGCGGCCAGGCUGUGCGAACCAGGGAGCUGGCCCGGUUCUCCCGCGUGCAUGGAGGGAGACGUUAUGGACAAACUGGAGGCCAUGGCUGCAGUCUGUGACUUCGACCCCAUCACAGGGAGCAUCCCAGCCACUAAAGUGGAAAUCACCGUUUCAUGCAGAGAUCUGUUGGACCGAGACACGUUCUCCAAAUCAGAUCCAUUGGUCGUCCUGUAUACCCAGGGAGUGGAGACCAAGCAGUGGCGCGAGUUUGGAAGAACCGAGGUGAUUGACAACACACUAAACCCAGACUUUGUCAGGAAGUACAUUCUGGACUACUUUUUCGAGGAGAAGCAGAACCUGCGCAUUGACGUAUAUGAUAUUGAUUCCAAAAGUCCAGAUCUGGCCAAACAUCCCUGCGACUUCAACGACUUCCUGGGCCAGGUGUUCUGCACCCUGGGGGAGAUUGUAGGCUCACCCGCCAGUCGCCUGGAGAAGCCUCUGGGUGGGAUACCUGGUAAAAAAUGUGGCACCAUUAUCUUGUCUGCCGAGGAGUUGGGAAACUGCAGAGAUUGCGCCACCAUGCAGUUCUGUGCAAACAAGCUGGACAAAAAGGACUUCUUCGGAAAGUCAGAUCCCUUCAUGGUCUUCUACAGGAGUAACGAGGAUGGGACGUUCACUAUCUGCCAUAAGACUGAAGUGGUAAAGAAUACACUCAACCCUGUGUGGCAGGCCUUCUCCAUUCCUGUCAGGGCACUGUGCAAUGGAGACUAUGACAGAACAAUCAAGGCUGAAGUGUAUGAUUGGGACAGAGAUGGCAGCCACGACUUCAUUGGUGAAUUCACCACCAGCUACCGAGAGCUUUCCCGAGGUCAGAGCCAGUUCAACGUCUACGAGGUGUUCAAUGCCAAGAAGAAGAUCAAGAAGAAGAGGUACAUGAACUCCGGGACGGUGUCAUUGCUGUCAUUCUCUGUGGAGGCGGAGCACACCUUCCUGGACUACAUCAAAGCAGGAACCCAAAUUCACUUCACAGUGGCCAUUGAUUUCACAGCAUCCAAUGGUAACCCAUCCCAGUCCACCUCCCUCCACUACAUGAACCCAUACCAGAUGAACGCUUAUGCCAUGGCCUUGAAGGCAGUGGGGGAGAUCAUACAGGACUACGACAGUGACAAGAUGUUCCCCGCCCUGGGCUUCGGGGCCAAGCUGCCCCCUGACGGGAGGGUGUCCCAUGAGUUCCCCCUGAACGGCAACAUUGACAACCCCUACUGUAACGGGAUGGAGGGAAUCCUGGAGUCUUACCAUCAGAGUCUGAAGACAGUACAACUUUAUGGACCCACCAACUUCGCUCCGGUUGUCAAUCACGUUGCGAGCUACGCUGCAGCUGUGCAGGACGGUUCCCAGUACUUCGUCCUGCUCAUCAUCACCGACGGCGUCAUAUCAGACAUGGCCCACACCAAGGAGGCCAUCGUCAAGGCCGCUAAACUUCCUAUGUCUAUCAUCAUUGUUGGAGUGGGACAGGCCGAGUUUGAUGCAAUGGUGGAACUGGACGGUGAUGACAUCAGGAUCUCCUCCAGGGGGAAGCUGGCAGAGAGAGACAUUGUACAGUUUGUCCCGUUCAGAGACUACAUGGACCGCACUGGCAACCAUGUCCUGAGCAUGGCCAGGCUGGCCAAGGACGUACUGGCGGAGAUCCCCGAUCAGCUCAUCUCCUACAUGAAGAGCCGUGGGAUCAAGCCCUGCCCCCCCCCGCCUACCUAUGAGCCCGACGAGGAUGAAGAUGAGGACGACCACCAUGCCCAGACCAUGCCCAUCUGAGACCAACCCAAACCAUGGUGGUGGAAGGAGGGGGAAAGAGCAGGAGGAGGAGGGGUAGGGAGGUGGGAUGGGAGGUGGCAGGGGGGGCACUGCCAGACGAACCCCUUGAUUCCUAGAUCUCCCCCCCACCCCGAGCCCACUUUAAUUGAGAAAUGAAACACUUGGAAGCACCUUCGUUAAUAUUUAUUUGGUUGUCAUGUCGAACAGAUUAAUAAGACUCCAUUUUGUUUUCGGAGCAACAUUUUGCUUUUUCUGGGAGGGGGAGGGAGGGAGAGUGGGUCGGAAUACGGGGAAACUAGCUGAAGCUGAAGAUCAGGGAGUUUCUUCUUUUUGAGCAUUCUGUCUGCAGGUUGCACAGAGAGCUGAGAGGAGAAGAACAUGAGGAAAAGGCGGAGACGAAAAGCAGUGUGCUAUAGAGGGAUGUUAGGUGUUUGCUGUCAAAAUGGUGAGGUGGUGGAUCGCAUACCCUUCUAGUGGGGACGAUAUCAAUAUAUUAGAAUGUGCCAGUGUGUAUCAUGUUUGUGGAUAUGAUCCGUUUGGAAUUGGUGUGUGUUGGAAUAGGGAAAUCAUCUGUAUGCUUAUUUAUUUAUUUAUUGUAAAAACAACUAUUUAUUCAUGUCUGGGAUCUAAAAUCCAAUUUCUCCCACACAUAUUUCCAUACUAUUUUCAAAUCAGUGAUAAAAUAUCCUUUUUUAACUUUUGAGAAUAAUAUAAAAGCAUGUGAUAGAGAAUUUAGUCAUAGUUGUUAUUGAUCAAGAAUGCUUUACACUAUUGACCGUAGCCUUUAGUCUACAGUAUGCAGAGGAUCAUGUUCCAGUACGUAAUCAUAUGCUCAUUUAUCAACCAAAUAUUUUUUUUCCAAUUCAUCAA